ACCCAUCGCCCUGUUAUAGGGUUUAGGCCGUUUAUCUAAUCAGCUCAGAUUCUCAGGAGAGGCCGGACCGCCGGAGCCCAAAGGGUGUGAGUACUGCCACCGCGAGAGGAUAGAGAGGUUAACUCGAAAGCAUUCUUCGAUUGCGAGAGGUUAAUUCGAAAGCAGUAGUUCAGAUGGCACUAAGAGGUGUUUGGCAACUUCAGAAGCUGGUUGUGAGCUACUGUAAUUGGGGAGGCAGUAGCAAGGGUUUAAGGGAAUUUAUUGAGUCUCAUUUGCCAGCAUUCAAGGAGGUCAAUCCUCAUCUGGAAGUGGUCACUGAGCUCAAUCGUGGUCAACAUCCGUUUUUGAAGGGAUUAUACAAAAACAAGAACGAGCGAGCUGUAUCUGUUAGAAACUUGAAUCCUGAGGAAAUUCUCUUAGAAGCUACGAGGUUAAGGAAUUCGUUAGGGCGAAAGGUGGUGAAGAUGAAGACUAGACAUGUUACUAAACACCCAAGUGUUCAAGGCACAUGGAGUACAGAAUUGAAGAUGUAAUGCCAUGGGGUCAAACACAAAGGACCUUUGGUUUGUUUUCUUGGGACUCUCCAUUUUGGCCCUGCAAUAUUAGCUCUGUUUUUGUAGCCAAACUUGAUAUCUAUUGUAUGGUCUUCUGGGUUUUGGUGAAACUUUUAGCUCAAGAAUGUUUAGGUAUGCCUAUUAAAUAAAGAACUUUUUAAUCCAACUUUUUUAUUCAAAAA